AUGGGUCCGCGUGUGCCUCAGAGCCCCUCCCGAACACUGUUCCUCCGUCAAACUCAUGCACGGGGGGUCCUCAGGAAGGAAUCCGUGGCGAAGGCCGUGCCGCAGCCGAACCUGGGUCUGUGCGGAGUGCAGACGAGCGGCCGAGAGCAGGACCAUGAGUUCAAGGUUCUUCGGCUUCCGCGGUGUGGUCAGUGCAGUGCCCCUGAGUUCGAACCCAACAUCGAGACUGAGCUUUCCUUCUCGAGCUCUGACAAGGCUGUCGGCAGCAGCAAGUCCAUCCUUCAGAGGAACAUCAUGGUUGCCAAGACGGUGAUCAAUGACAUCUACCGUGAUUUAGAAAGCCGCUGUGUGACGGAGCAACGGCAGUAUGAGGACUCCGGCUCCAGCCCGUCGCAGCAGAAAUUCAACGUCUGGGCCACGUACACCAACAAGGCCCGCUUGCAGCACUUCGCAGCCGAGUCCCUUGCCUUCGUCCAGCGGAACGCCGAGUGCAGGAAGCAGCUGCUGAAUUCCAAGCAGCUCCGCUUCCUCAUCAUGUUGCAGCACCUUCUCAGCGAGGAUUGCAGCGAUGCCAACCGGCCUGAGUCGCUCCGAAAGCACCAGGACACCUUUGAAGGGGUCCUUACGGACAGCGUCAGCUCGCAGUUGGUGGAGGACGCACAUCGCUGUGAGUUCUCCAUUGAUGGCAACUCCUUCAGCUUGCAGGACUUGCCGCACAUCGACGUCGGCCUUGAAGAAAGGAAGCGCCGCAUUGCUCAGUUCCAGACAGAGCUUGUGCAGGCGUUGGAGACCUUUCUGUUGGGCCACUGCAGCCGCCGAGGGUCGGUGGCCACGAAGCCCAGCUCUGUCGUAGUGGAGAGAUUGCUCUUUCGCUGUGAGGCUCUCUGCCGGUGGGACAAAGCGACUGAUGCAG